AGAGAGAGAGAGAGAAAAAGUUUUUUUUUUUGGUCCAUGAACUGGAAAGGUUAUGAGUUGUAGCUUUAGACGUUUUGCAGCACUCUGACUGGCUGAGUAGGUUUUAUUGGAUUUAAAGUUAUUUUUUUUUUCCAGGUGAAAACCACCGCGGCGCACGGACUACGAUGCGGAGGAUUUUGGAGGUUUGGCUGACCUUAGUGACACUCUGCGCCCUGGGCGCGGGGGUCUUCGGGGGCUACGGGCUGAGCAUGUUUGCUGCCCAGUCCUCCCCUCCGGACCCGUGCUACGACGAGAACGGCAACCCUCGAAGGUGCAUCCCCGACUUUGUCAACUCAGCCUUCGGCAAGGACGUGCGCGUGUCCAGCACGUGCGGCUCACCCGCGGCCAGGUACUGCAUAGUGGCCGAAAAGGGGGACGAAAGGACGCGCGAAUGCCACACCUGCAACGCGGGGGACCCAAAGAAAGGUCACCCGUCCGCUUAUUUGACAGACCUGAACAACCCGCACAACCUCACCUGCUGGCAGUCGGAGAACUACGCGCAGUACCCCCAAAACGUCACACUUACCUUGUCCCUGGGCAAGAAGUUCGAAGUCACCUACGUGAGCCUGCAGUUUUGCUCACCCAGACCGGAAUCCAUGGCCAUCUAUAAGUCCAUGGACUACGGCAAGUCCUGGGUGCCCUUCCAAUACUACUCGACCCAGUGCAAGAAGAUGUACAACCGGCAGAACAAGGCGGCGAUCACCAAGCAGAACGAGCAGGAGGCCGUCUGCACCGACUCCCACACGGACAUGCACCCGCUGACCGGGGGUCUCAUCGCCUUCAGCACGCUGGACGGAAGACCCUCGGCGCACGACUUCGACAACUCCCCGGUCCUCCAGGACUGGGUGACCGCCACAGACAUCAAGGUGAUCUUCAGCCGGCUGCACACCUUCGGGGACGAGAACGAGGACGACUCGGAGUUGGCUCGAGACUCCUACUACUACGCCGUGUCGGACCUGCAGGUGGGCGGACGCUGCAAGUGCAACGGCCACGCGUCCAAGUGCGUCAAGGACAGAGAAGGUCAGCUGGUGUGCGAGUGCAAGCACAACACGGCGGGACCCGAGUGCGACAGGUGCAAACCUUUCCACUACGACCGCCCCUGGCAGCGCGCCACGGCGAGGGAAGCCAACGAGUGUGUGGCCUGCCACUGCAACCUCCACGCACGUCGCUGUCGCUUCAACAUGGAGCUGUACAAGCUGUCAGGCCGCAGGAGCGGAGGGGUGUGUCUGAACUGUCGACACAACACGGCGGGCCGUCAUUGCCACUACUGCAAGGAAGGCUUCUACAGGGACAUGAGCAAGUCCAUUUCACACCGGAGAGCGUGCAAAGCAUGCGACUGCCAUCCAGUCGGAGCAGCGGGGAAGACGUGCAACCAGACGACAGGCCAAUGUCCUUGCAAGGACGGCGUCGCGGGAAUCACAUGCAACCGCUGCGCCAAGGGUUACCAGCAGAGUCGCUCCCCUAUUGCCCCCUGCAUCAAGAUUCCAGUUGCAUCCCCUACAGCGACUUACAGCAGCUACGAUGAGACAUCAGAUUGCGAAUCCCAUUGUAAAGCUUCCAAAGGGAAGAUGAAGAUCACCAUGAAGAAGUACUGUAAAAAAGACUACGCCGUCCAGGUGCAUGUGCUCAAAGGGGACAAGGCAGGCGAGUGGUGGAAGUUCACCGUCAACAUCAUAUCUGUCUACAAGCAAGGGGAGCACCGCAUCCGUCGCGGGGACCAGCUCCUGUGGGUGCGCGCCAAAGACGUGGCCUGCAAGUGCCCCAAGAUCAAACCCGGCAGGAAGUACCUGCUCAUGGGCUCGGACGAUGACGACUCUCCCGGGCAGAGCGGAGUGGUGGCGGACAAGGGGAGCCUGCUCAUCCCUUGGAAGGACCUGUGGGGGCGUCGCCUCCGGAAGUUCCAGCAGCGCGAUAAGAGGGGGAAGUGCUAGAGAAAAAAGAGGAGAGGGGGAAGGAGAGAGGGAGGGAGGGAUGCAAGGAAGGAGGGAUGACAAGAAAAAACUGGAAGAAUAAUUCCUAGAAAAGUGCAGAUGAAAAGUAGGAGGGGUGACUGAGUGUGGCGGCUCUGAGUUGGGACAAAAGUUGAAGAAAAUUAAAAAGAAGAAAAAGAAAAGCAGGAGCUCAUGUUAUGGUCAUUCUGUUUCUGUUUGUUUGUUUGCAGAGUUUGCACCUAAUGUUAAAAAAAAGUCACCUCCAGACUGUUUAUCUUGUCAAAAUCCCCUAAUUACCUGUAACCCCAUUUUUAGAAAUUUCCCAGAAUUGAACUUAAAUGUAUUUUCCCAUCAAUGUAAAAAUAAGAUGCCAAACUUUUCCGCGGUGAAAUUGUGAACGUGUUCCUAGCUGUGGUCUUCUCGUGAGCAAAUGCAAACGUUACCCACUAAGCCGGUUCAUAGUGACAGUCUGUUGCCCCGGUGAGCGCUGCAUUGUGAAGUAACUUUACGCGCAUACACGCUAGCUACGUAGAUGAUGUCAUCGCAUCAACUGCAUCUAGAAUACAACCAUCAACCCUGCACUUACUUUUGACUCGUGGACUCUUUUAGAACAUAUGAGAUAUGUCCACAUUUUUUCCACGUGGCAUCCAAAAGGUCAAAUAUACGGCAUUCUCCACUGUGCCAUUUGAUGCAAAAACAUCUGUAUAGUUACGUCUGACGGAAAUAUGUGAUAUUAACUAUUGGAAAGUGCCACUUGUACAGGUAAUAAUGCUUCUCUGCCCGACAAAUUGUUGUUGAAUGUAUGCAUUGCUUUUUUUUUUUUCCGGAUAAAAACCAAACCAUUUUAACUUUAUUAAUACCUAACUUGCUUGUUUAAUUUUGUGCUGUAUCUAUAAUCACACAUUGCAGUAAAAAGGCUGUGACUUUUUUAAAUUAUGGGUAAGGAAAGCCUCCCGGAUCUUCAUUAUUGUAUAUAUUUUACUCGAUAAGCGUUUUAACGUUGUUUCCAUUUGUUAAUUGACAGUCCGCCGCCACACUUUUCUCGAUACAGUAAUCAAAAAAAGAUGUAUUAUAUUUCUAUGGAAGUAAAAAACACAUUGACCUGCUGAAAACUGGACUUGUAUCAGGAGGUCUUGGUUCAUGGCCAACGUGACGUUACAGCAUUGCCUUGAGAUAUGAGUUAAAUUGAUUGUGUCCCGAUGCUUACAACUCAAAACACUUCAAUCUAAAACCCUCUUUCCCCAUUGAAAUAAACGUGAAUGCCAUCAGUACUACCCACCUCCCCCAAAAAACGACCAAAAUGUGCAUCAUGUGUUUCAUAAUCAGGAAAUUAAAAACAGGGUAAUAACAGAAUAAUUAAACAGCUUCUGCCUCAUGAUGAAUUUUUUACAGCUUCUUCUGGUAUGCAUGACUUGGACAGAGACACACACACACACACACACACA